AUGACCAACCGAAGACAGACGGAUUUCGGCAUUGUGAGUGUAAUCAGCGUUUUAAAUCAAAAUGAGCGGUAAGGAUAUCGAUAUAUUGCGCGAGCUUAACGAUAAUGAAGUUGAUGAGUUGAUGCAGUUGUAUGACAACAAAUACGGUCCACUUAACUUCCACUAUUUGUUGUUGUACAACCAACGUAAAUGGGAUCGGCAGUUGGAGGCGGCAGGGAUUUCCAAGGAUGACAAAGCUUACAUAUCGAUGCGCAAACGAUUCUAUACGCAUCGGAAAGGGGAUUUCCGAAAAUUUGGCACUUAUGUGAGUCUACACAAGGAUAUCGUGCAGAGUGUCUCAUUCUUCAGCUGGCAAUCGGAGGAGUCGCAGGAGUUGUUCGAAUGCCUGAAGCAAACCGAACGCAUUGAAUGGGCAUCGGGUGCAUUGCUCACCAAUGUUGAUUUGAACUUUUGCGCACGUGUCAAGGAUCUGGCCAUGCGAAAGGGAGCGGGGGGCAUCCAGGCACGCGAAUGUUUUGGCAUGGUGUUGCCACACGACGAGGCGCGAUCCGUUAACGUGCCCGAUUUGUUAUCGGACUUUGAACUGCGAGCGCUUAACGAUAACGAUGCGCAAACUGUGCAUACGAUUUGGCCUAACAAAGGCGAAGGAUCUCUUGAGUAUCUACGUGCGCUAAUCAGAUUCAAUAGGACACUCGGCGCCUGUCGGAGCGACACUGGCGAACUGAUCGCCUGGAUACUUCAAAACGAUUUCUCAGGAUUAGGAAUGCUGCAGGUGCUGCCCAAGGUGGAACGUCGUGGUCUAGGCGGACUCCUGGCUGCCGCGAUGACCAAGCGGAUUGCCAAGGGGGAACAGGUGACGCUCACCGCAUGGAUUGUGACCAGCAAUUGGCGUUCGGAGGCGCUGCUCUCUCGGAUUGGCUACCGCAAAGGUAUCGUCAACGAGUGGAUUAAACUGUUGCCCGCCUAAAAUAUAUAUUGUUCUAUACAUAUAUAUACACUUGUAUUGUUGAUCCUAAGGUGUUGGUUUGUGGUUGCAUGAAUGGGCACUUGGACGGGGUAAAAUAAAAGUCAAAUCAUUUGCAUAGUACGUAAGUACAAACAUA